UGACCAUGUGGGUGUGUUUACACUCUCUGAUGUAAACACACAAGACGUUUCCCGAAAGCGAGUCGUAUUUAAUCGCCUGAUUUGACGCCUUGUUCCUCGUCUCUGCUCCUCUAUGCAGCGGCUCGGACGCCGGUAUUAAGCCGCCAUGGACACGUACAUCAACCUGAAGGUGAAUUUUCGGGGCAACACGAAGAGUUUCUUGCUGUCGGGGUCCGAGACCAAGAGCUGGGAGUCUAUGGAGGCCACGGUAAAGAGGUCGUUCGGCUUGUGCAGUCUACAGCUGACGUAUUUCGAUGAGGAGAACGAGGAGGUGUCUGUCAACAGCCAGCUGGAGUAUGAGGAGGCUCUGAAGAGCGCAGCACGGCAGGGCAACAGGCUGCAGAUGAACGUGUACGAGAGCAGAGGGACGACCGGACGAGUUCCUGGUCCCGUCCCAGGCCCGGGUUUGUCCCAGGUGAAAUCCGGAAGCCUGACGGAGCCGAAGAAAGGAUUCCGACCUCCGCAGCACUGCCCGAGUCUGGCACAAGCGGUGACACUUAAUGAGCUGAAGAACAGUAAAGCAGAGGAUAAGACGCCUCCAGCCUGGUUCACCUCCUACAUGGAGAAGUUUAAGGACCAGGUGGUUCGUGAGGCUGUGGAGAAGAUCUGCAGGGAGUUUUCAGGCCAGUGCUGCAUCCAUAAACCCCUGGGAGCCGAGGCUCAGGUCUCUGAGGUUUCCUCGUCCACGCUGCCUGGUGCUCCGAGCUCGGCUCCGGCCUGCAGCAGCUGCAGAGGACAGACGGCCGGUGGAGGAUACCAGUGCAGCGUCUGCACGUCCUGCACCUUGUGUGAGCCGUGUAGCUUCUCACAUGACCCGAGCCACAACCUGGUGAGAGCUCGAACACCUCUCUCCAUCCCCGAGCGCGGAUCUCCAGCUCCGGAUCAGAGCAGGUUCUACAGACGAGGAGACCGAAGCUUCCGCAAGGCCGAGAAACAGCGUUUGAAGGCGGAGAAGCGACAGCUGAAGGCGGAGGUGAAGGAGAUCAGGAAGCAGCUCAGGAUGGAGAGGAGGAGUCUGCAGUGGGGCUGUGUGGGAGACGGAAACUCCUCCCCUGUGCUUCUGCAACCGAGAGGCACGCAGGCCAACAGCCCCGAGCGUCCGAAGCGUCCGUGUCCUCUAGCUGUUCCUGCGAUGACGGCGCUGCUGCUGGAUGAGAAUCUGCCAGACGGAUCGCGCCUGAGGCCUGGGACCAAAUUCAUUAAAUACUGGAAGAUGAAGAACAGCGGCACAAUGUGCUGGAACGCAGACACUAAAUUGAAGUUCAUGUGGGGGAAUCUGGCCGUGGGUUCGGGGGAGAGGUGGAGGGAGGUGUCUGUGCCCACACUGCAGCCUGGUCAGGUGGGAUUAGUCAGCGUGGCCCUGUGUGCACCCACCCUGGAGGGCACCUACACCUCACAUUGGCGUCUGGCUCACGGAGGAGAGCAGUUCGGCCCGCGGGUCUGGUGCAGCAUCGUCGUGGACCCAGAAGCUCCGACUGCCAUCUCAGCUGACGGCCUGCUGGUGUCUCCAUGCGUCACUCCUCAGGAGAAAUCGGCUCGGACUCUAGAGAGGGAGGAGAAAAACCGCACAGUGUCUCGGGAGCCGCUGCUCAUCACCGUGGACCAGGACUGUGAUCAGGAAUUUUACAUUCCGUCUGUGGAUCUGCUGACCGCUCAGGACUUGCUGUCAUUUGAGCUUCUGGACAUUAACAUAGUGCAGGAGCUGGAGAGCGUUCCCAACAACACUCCCGCAGAUAUCACCCCAUGUAUUUCUCCUCUGCCCCAUGAUGCACUGCUGCAGGAUAAAACUUCCCCAGGACUCCAUCAGGAAGAAGCUGGGGGGGAAACACAAGCAGUCACGAGCAUUCUGGCCGUUGCUCAGACUCCUGAGUUAGAAGGAGUUCCCGCCCAGGAGAAAGGAGAGGAGGAUGUGAUUGGCCGUCAGUUUGUGAGUGAGUCUGUGAUUCGUUCCCUCACUCUGGGGGGCGUGUUGGAUCGCGGCAUCCUGCAUGGGAGAGUCACAAGCACAGUGUUGCGUCCAGCACCGCAGGGCUCCGUGUCUCUCUGUGAGAGGAAGAUGAACAGAAUGUCCGAAAGCGCCGACGUUCCUCUCUCACCCAAAUCCGAGCCCCAGGAUCUUCUGGAACCUUCUCCUCUCGUCUCCAUUCCUACUGAACACGUCGCUGCAGAUGAAGGGAACGAGUCGGACAUCGAGCGCAUUGUUAUGGAUCCGGCUGCUGGAGCCGAGCGCUUUGAGGAGGAAGAGGAGUCUGAGGAGAGGAGGAAGAAGAAUAAGAUGGAGAAGGAGAAAAAGAAGGCGAGAGAUGCAGAAGAAGGUAAAGAGGGUCGCAGCAGGACGUCGUCCGCCUCCUCUGAGGAUUAUAUCAUCAUCCUGCCGGACUGUUUCGACACCACGCGUCCCCUGGGGGAGUCCAUGUACAGCUCGGCCGUGUCUCAGCAGGGAGACGAGAGCCUGGAGCGCGUUAGCGCAGACGCUAACGACAUGCUGUGUGUGUCUCAGACUCUGGACUCGGUGCCGCUCACCCCUGUGAUCGUAGCAGCGCCGAGACCUUCAGUCAGGUCCAGAUCGGAGACAGAGGAGAAGCUUGAAGCAGCAGAGACGCCACAGGAGGAGGAGCUAAAUCAGCCUGGGGCCAAAGAGGGGGCGGAGCCAGAAGAUCAUGACUCUGUGUCCAGUCCCUCGGACACGCCGAGCUCCUGUACGGCCGCUGACUCUGAGAUCCAGGAGCUCAAAGCUAACAGUAUAACAGGAGGUCUGGUGAAGGGCGCGUUGUCCGUCGCAGCCUCGGCGUAUAAAGCUCUGUUCACCGGACAGUCCGGACCCGAGCAGCUUCCUGAAGAAGCAGCAACACAAGAUGCCAUGAUGGCCGUCCUGGUGGAGAUGGGCUUCGCCGAUCGGGCGCUGAAUCAGCGGCUGCUGCAAAAACACGGCCCGAAUCUCCUGGAUGUCGUAAAUGAACUCGUGCACAUGCAGGACAAUGACUGGUACACCAACCGCUACUGAUGCAUCACACUCGCACAGUCUGCUUCCUCGUCUCUCCUUCUGUGUGUGUGUGUGUGUGUGUGAGAGUGACUGUGGUCCAGUCUUAAGUGUUCCUAUGGACCAUUUCUAGGGAAACGAGGAUCAAAUCCCGAUUAGAGAACUAACGAGACAAGUUUUUCAGAGUGAUUCUAUGAGCAGCGAUUAAGUUCGUGUCGUUAUGAGCUUUUGUUUGUUAGAACAUCGAGGCAAAGGUUUUUGGACACCUUGAUAGAGACACGAUUCCCGGCUAGAGACCAGAUUUUAUUUGAACUAAUAUUUUGUUUAUCAUCACAUUCCACCAGCUUUUAGUGACUUUUCAACCUUGUAAAAAAGUCAGGAACAAUUUUCAAAAGGGUCCGGGGUUUAAUCCAAAAUAAUCUGUUUAAUAAUAAUUUUAUCUGAUUAAAAUAAUAAUAAUAAUAAUAAUAAUAAUAAUAAUAAUAAUAAUGAUGAUGAUAAUGAUAAUAAUAAAAAUAAUUUUAAAACUUAAAAAUACAGGGAAAUGUAGAAGUAAUGAAGUAAAAUGUCUAGAGAAAAUAAAAUAAUUUAAAACAAACGGAAUAUCAGGAAAAAUAUGGGAUUAAAUACAUAUUCCGAAUUUCCCCGAGACAAAGCUCGGUGUCCUCAGACUUCUGCCAGUUCGUGACUGUAGUUAUUUUAUCCAAAGGAAACGUUAAUGCAGAAUCCUGCACUUUAAUCCGGACAACGCAUGAAAGUGAAACGUUUCCCAGAGAAACUGCUGACCGUGUUACUACUGACUUUUAGGCUCUAUAUAAAUAGUUGUAGUGUUUGUGCUUCUAGCUUUUUGCGUGUGAAAUGUGGACAGACAGACAGACAGACAGACAGCAUGGAGUUCGAUGUGGAAUAGAUUCUUACGUCUGUGUGUGAAAUGUGGCUUUAACUCUCGAAGGGCACAGACUUUACCACAUGACUUUACCGCACAACUUUGCCACACGACUUUGCCACACGACUUUCCCACACGACUUUGCCACACGACUUUGCCACACGACUUUGCCACACGACUUUGCCACACGACUUUGCCACACGACUUCGCCGCAUGACUUCGCCGCAUGACUUAAGUUGAGGAAUGUAAUAUACACUCUCUUGUUUUUUUUUUGGGAUGCAUUGAUGCAGCUUUUUUCCACUACGAGUGCAUGUUUCUGGUCAUCACUACUUAUAUUUUCGUAUUAAUCUGUCAUGGUUUAUUUUUCUCGGGAUCUACUAGUUUGAGUUUGUUAUAAGUGCGUGUCCACGCGUCCAUCCGCGCGUGUCUGUUUGUGCGCGUCUUUGCACUUAGGCUCCUAGACUGGUUCCUUAUUAGGACAGUGAGUUGAUUUUCAAUUUAAAAAAAGUGUUAUGAAUUAGCUAGCUACAUUAGUUAGCAUUUAGCUUGGGUGGAGGAGUUCUUUCACUUCUCUACAGCUGUAAGUAAAAGUCUUCAUUCCUUUUUUUUUUUAAUCUUUUUAUUUCAUUUCCUUUCACCUAGCCUUUGUUCGCUGCUAUCGAUGAACUCCAUGUUUAAUGUUUAAGAGGAUUUUAAUCACAGGACUUGUCUGUAGUUCCUCCUUUGUAGCUGUAAAAAAGCACUAAAACGCAUCCAGAUCGCCGAUAUUAAGCUCAGACUGUUUAUUAAUGUCAACGCGCACCCUAGCGUCAUGUCACGUAGUUUCACGAGUGUUAUUUAUGACUUACUGAUUUGGGUGAAUGAGUGUUAGUAUUGAUGCCUCAUGAUGAUGAUGAUGUUUUUGUUGUUUGAUUUAAAAUGCACUUGAAGAUCAGUUGUGUUUACUGAUCAUCAAUCAGAACUUGUUCUAGUCUAAAAACGUAUUCCAUUUUCAUUAAAGUAUAACGAUGAUGAUGAUGAUGUAAUUUAAAUGUGUUUCUUUAAAAAUUCUUGAGUCAAGCCUAAAACUAAGGUACAAUAAAUACUGUGUGUGUGUGUGCGCGCCCGUGUGUAUGUGUGUAUUAUAGAAUUAAUAUAUAUAUAUACAAAAAAAAGAUUAACAACUCGAGUGGCAAUCAUGAAUUAUCGACACUGGAUGUUAACAUUGUAGAAAUGCUUGUAGUGAAGAAGAAAAAGAAGAAGAAGAAAGCACCAUUGAAACAAUCUAUAUUUUGAUAAUUGUUUCCUGUGUAAAUUCGAAAAAUUGCACCUUAGGGGAAAUUUCUUUAGUGUGAAUCUGAAAAUCCGCAUUAACGAUGUGUUAAUUACUUCUGCAGCUCGUCAGAAUGAGUGUAAAGACAUUUAGUUUCAUGGUUAUCAAGUACACAGAGUGUACACUUGCUUUUAACUUGCUGUAAUUAUUAGGUUUCAUUUUUAUCCUGUGAACAUCCUGUAAUUCCUUCAUUUGUUUCUUCCUCCGGUGCUUUUAGAAGACUUUAGGGGGGGAAAAGUAAACUUGACCAAAAAACCCUGGACUUGACGUGUGCUUUAAAACCUUUAUUUAUUAGAAUGGAAGCGUUUUCUUUUCGCACCGUGACGAGCAGAAAUCCGGUGCCGUGAAUCGACUCAUGAUCUUUAUGUAACACACACGAUGUAUGAUUCUGUCUAUAAUAAACAGUCAUAAAGAAAUC